AUGACCCUCAAGCACCCCACCAUCGCCGUCUCUGCCCCUGGCAAGGUCUUCCUCGCUGGCGGAUAUCUCGUCCUAGACCAGGAGUACACUGCUUUUGUAUUCGGUCUGAACGCUCGCAUCAAUAUCAUCGCUGGUGACAUUCACACCACUGCUGGCGUGCAGCUUACUGAGAUUGUGGUUGAUAGCCCUCAGUUCCUCGAGGCUCAAUGGCGGUAUGGAUAUCAUCUCGCUGGUGAGGGCGGUGGUAUCAAGGUGACCCAAUUGCAAGUUAGCGGAGCUCAGAUCAACCCCAAUCCCUUCGUCGAGACCACUCUCAGCUAUGCUCUCACCUACAUCGACCGUGUCGGUGGACAGCGUCCCAGCCACAGCUUGACAUCUACUCGUCUCAUCAUCCUCGCAGACAACGACUACUACUCUCACUCAGAAACUGAUACCUCCCGUUCAGGCCGCUUCGCCAAGUUCCCUGUGACUCUGGGUGAUGCUAACAAGACUGGUCUUGGCUCGUCUGCUGCUCUUGUCACCUCACUGACUGCCUCACUCCUCGUUCACUACUUGCCAGAGGACCUCUUCAACAUUGAUUCUGACAAGGGAAAGAGGACACUGCACAACUUGGCGCAGGCUGCCCACUGCGCUGCACAGGGCAAGGUUGGCUCGGGCUUCGAUGUCGCGACCGCCGUUUAUGGAUCUUGCAGGUACAGGCGCUUCUCUCCCGCCACACUAAGCAAGAUCCCUGAGCCCGGCGCGGCUGGUUUUGCUGAUGCAUUGGUGAAGCUCGUUGACGGCGAGUCCGAGUGGGACGUCGAGGUUCUUAAGGACGCUGUCAUCAUGCCUAAGGGCGUUGUUCUGCGUAUGUGCGAUGUCGACUGCGGAAGCAAGACUGUUGGCAUGGUCAAGAAGGUUCUCGCAUGGAAGGCUACGAACCCCGAUGAGUCUAAGACACUUUGGGAUGAGCUACAGAAGCGUAACGAGCAGUUGAUCGCCACUCUCAACGCUGGUGAUGUUGCGCAACUGCCGGAGAAGAUCGGUGCCGUGCGAGAGAAGAUUAGGGAGAUGGGUACUGCCAGCGAUGUUCCCAUCGAGCCCCAGAGCCAGACCGAGCUUCUUGACGCCCUAAGCACCGUCGAGGGAGUCUACGGUGGCGUUGUUCCCGGUGCAGGAGGCUACGAUGCCCUUGCUCUCCUCAUGAAGGACGAUCAGGGGACCAAGAAGCGAGUAGAGGUGUUCCUGGAGAAGUGGGCAGCUGAGAAGGGCACAACGGUCAAACUGCUCGGCGUUACGGGAGAGAUGGAAGGUGUUCGCUCCGAGAGUCUGGACGUGUACGCCGGCUGGGUCUAA